AUGGCCUAUCAGCUUUCCGUGUCAAUAUCCGGUCCGGGGACCUCCGAGCGUGCUCAUUGGGGAUUGGUUAUCCAUAAGCCACCAAGUCGAGUUGGAGACCUCCUACAUGUUAGAGUCAUCGAUGAUGAUACCAACCUGUUUGCAUUCGAAAAUCGCUCCGGGCAUGUCAUAGAUGAUCAAAGUGCAUGGGGCCUGGCCAAGGUAGCAAUGCUGGAUGAUGUACAGCGCGCUAAAGCACUUUCAAUAUUAAUUAAUGAGAAGCCACCAAGCAGUGAGGGGCAGGACUGUCAGGAUUGGGUACUGGAUGCGUUGGUCUCACUGGAAAUCGAAGAACUAGUCCCGGAUGGAACGACACAGACAUGGUCACCAAGGACUGGCAAGCAGACAAAGGCCAUCCAGCACGAGGUUGGUCUGAACUGGGAAGUCCUGAAUGGGAGAUGGUAG